CAUUCUCAAAUAUCCUGUCAAAAAGCCUUCCUUUCAUAUCCCGUACACAGAAGACGCCUUAGCUAGCCGAGAAACUGUUUUACAUCUUUACCUGCUUUCUCCAAUCAGCUCACCCCAUCUGAGGAUGCAGAGCGCAACCCCGCUCUAGGUGCAAGAAGACUAGUAGUACUCCAUCAAGACACCAUGCAGUACGCUCCAUUUGCUUCGGAUAUAGAACUUCCAUUCUAUACUGCUCUCACCUCGCUCAAGAUCAAUCAUGACAAACUCGAUGACUCCGCCCGCAAGAUUUUGGGACUCUAUGAGGUCCGCCCUACCGACCCUCCGAACACCUCUUGUCGAAUGCAAAUACACGGGAAUGCUCUCACCAGUGAUGAUGUCCCAGCCAACUAUUAUCGCGCGGAAGGGAUCAUAAGAAACGUCAACACAAUCGAAGACUAUGGAAAUACCGACAAAGCCCACAUGCUACAACAGUCUGGCAAAACAAUAUGGGAUGCUAUCCACGAUGGUUCCAUCUAUUCAUGUCCUUCUCUACUAUCAUCCUUCAUCGUCCUCUCAUAUGCAGACCUCAAGAGGUAUAAGUUUCAUUAUUGGUUUGCAUUCCCGGCACUCCAUUCGGAUCCUUCGUGGAUACCACUGGAUACGCAGCAUGAUACUGCGGGACCGGUUCCUACCGACACAAAACGUUUGCCAACUAGAUACUUACCCAGUACUCAAAGUUCGGCUCUUGUUGAAGCGGUCGAAAACUGGAGCUGUACAGUAGAUGCUCGCCAACAAGGGUUCUUCUUGGCUCGAAGGGUUGCAAAUACUGACUCCGAACACCCUACCGUCAACAGGACAGGCUCUGAAGACGCCGUCCAUCCACCGGAACCCAACAAUGUCGUCUGGAAGAUCGCACCUCUUUCAAGCUACGAAGACGGAUUCUUCGAAGGAGCAAACUUUGAGGAUUGUUUUACUUGUUUCAUUGACCCAUCAAAUUAUGAUGAUGCACCCGGCUGGAUGCUCAGGAAUCUCCUCGUCCUUGCGAAGCAGCGCUGGGGCCUCGCAAAAAUCCAGGUCCUGCGAUAUCGCGACGGAUCAUCUCAUCGUGGCCUCGGCCGAAGUGUGAUACUAACUUUAGGAACCAAAUCCCCACCACCUUCACAGUCGGGCAAGCUGCAGAACGAACCCAGUAAAAUGCCCAAGGUGACCGGAUGGGAGCGUAAUCCAGCUGGUAAAUUGGCAGGAAGAUUCGUCAAUCUGACUGAUUAUCUAGACCCUAAGAGGCUUGCCGACCAGUCAGUUGACCUCAACCUCAAACUUAUGAAAUGGCGAAUUAGCCCAAAUCUAGACCUUGAAAAAAUCAAAAGCACCAAAUGCCUCCUACUUGGAGCUGGUACUCUUGGAAGCUAUGUUGCUCGAAAUUUGAUGGCCUGGGGGGUCAGAAAGAUUACAUUCGUGGAUAACGGAUCUGUGUCAUUCUCCAACCCCGUGAGACAGCCGUUGUUUAAUUUCGAAGACUGUUUAGAAGGUGGCGCGAAAAAAGCCUACCGGGCUGCCGAGGCUUUGUCCGAGAUCUACCCAGGCGUUGAAUCCAUUGGCCACGUACUAUCUGUGCCUAUGGCUGGUCACCCAGUACUAGAUACAGAAAAGACGAAAGCAGAAUUUAAAGUUCUCAAGAAGCUGAUAGAUGACCAUGACGUCAUUUUCCUCCUCAUGGACACAAGAGAGUCGCGAUGGCUGCCAACGGUAAUGGGAAAGGCGGCCAACAAAAUCGUAAUGAAUGCUGCUCUAGGGUUUGAUACAUAUGUGGUAAUGCGUCAUGGCGUUCUGAAUGAUAAAAAGCCGGAAUCAGAGCUUGGAUGCUACUUCUGCAAUGAUGUCGUGGCACCGAUGAAUUCCCAGAAAGACCAGACCCUUGAUCAGCAGUGUACAGUCACGAGACCAGGCGUGGCCGCCAUAGCCUCAGCUCUUCUUGUUGAGUUACUAGUCUCGAUUCUCCAACAUCCAUUAGGGGCUUCUGCCCCGGCUCCAUCAACCCGCGGCGAAGACCAAAACGGCCAUCCCUUGGGUCUAGUUCCACAUCAAAUCAGGGGGUUUCUUUCAACCUUUGAAAACGUCUCUGUAAUGGGCCAAAGUUACAAAUGUUGUAGCGCAUGCUCAAAGAACAUUAUUGAUGAGUACAAGAAGGAGGGGUGGAACUUUGUGCAAAAGGCUUUGAAUGAAGUUGGAUAUGUUGAGAAAUUGAGCGGGCUCAAAGAGGUUUGCCAAACACUUCCUUUCCUUCAAGAAGCUGCCGAAGCGACGCUUGCCGACAUCGAGUGGGACGAGGAUUCAGAACUAGAGGAAAUAGAGGCAGUCGGGUGCUGA